AUGGUGUUUGUGGAAAGUGCCCGGGAGGUGCCCAGACCAUCCCCCGUCACCAGCCUGUGGCAGACCAUUGAAGUUACUCUCUUCUCCAGCUAUACAAAUGUGCUUCUGGUCUUUGUGUUCCUGGGGAUCCUGUCCGGUUCCCAAGAAUGGAAUCCCUCCGUUGUGUUCAUCCUCAACCUUCUGGCAAUCUUUCCACUGGCAUCGUUGCUGUCCUUUGCGACCGAAGAGCUAGCCAAGAGCGUGGGACAGACUGUGGGAGGCUUGAUCAAUGCGUCCUUCGGCAAUGCCAUUGAAAUGAUUGUUGGGAUCACAGCGGUGAGUCAAGGGGAGAUCCAUAUCGUCCAAUCUUCCAUGGUUGGCUCCAUUCUGUCCGGAACUCUACUGGUCCUAGGAUGUUGCUUCUUUGCCAGUGGCUACAAUAAGGAGACUGUGGUUUUCAAUGUUGAUGUGACGGGGAUCAUGUCGUCCUUGAUGAUUGUGUCCUCGGCGGCUCUCGUCAUUCCGUCCACUCUGUACUCCACGGCCCUCUAUGCUUCACCCAACGGAAGCGAGUACAUCCUGCGCCUGUCGCAUAUCACUGCCGUGUUUCUACUGUUGUUCUACUUUGUCUACCUUUACUUCCAGCUAAGCAGUCAUGCUCACCUCUUCAGCGGAACCGAAGAGGAAGAACAAGAAGAGCGCCAAUUAGGACCCUUUUCCGCCAGCCUUGUUUUGGUGCUUGCGACGCUGGGGGUCACCGUCUGUUCCGACUACCUGGUCGACGGCGUGGAUGGCUUUGUGGAAGCCUAUGGGGUUAGCCGGGCCUUCCUGGGUCUGAUUGUCGUGCCCAUUGUCGGGAACGCCGGCGAAUUUGCAACGACCGUGAAGGCAGCAAAGGAGGGGAAGGUGGACCUAGCCAUUGGAGUGAUUGUGGGGAGCACCCUCCAGAUUGCCCUUUUUGUGACGCCAUUCCUGGUCCUUUACGGCUGGGCACUUGGGGAACCCAUGUCCCUCCGCUUCAAUACAUUUGAGACCGCCUGUUUUUCGCUAGCGGUGGUAGUGAUGAACUGCUUGAUUCGAGAGGGGCAGUCCAAUUACUUUGCGGGGGUCUUGUUGUGCGGAACUUAUCUGAUCAUCGCUAUUGCGUUCUAUGUACACCCGGAUAUCAGCCUGAACGAAAAGCCCGUCGCCACCCACCAACCGCUGGUCAGGGGUGAGCAUGGCGUGUUUGAGUUCUCGGCUGAGCAGUUGAGUAGCCUCAUCGAAUCGCGAAACCUCGAGACCUUCUACGCCUUGGGUGGCCUCCCCGGAUUAGAAAAGGGACUGCGAACCAACCGGAACACUGGAUUAAGCGUGGAUGAGUUGGGGCUCAAGGACCAUCACCAAUCAGCAAUAGUCUCGUCCAUUCACAAGAUAUCCCAUCACCAUCAGCAUGGAACCACGCAGUUUGCAGAUAGACGGGCAGUCUUCGGAGACAACCGCCUUCCCAUCGCCAGACCACCCACGAUCCUGCAGUUAAUGUGGAUGGCCUAUAACGACCACGUCCUCUUCCUUUUAACCGGCGCCGCCAUCAUCUCGUUGGCCCUGGGGCUGUAUCAGACAUUUGGGACUAAACACACGAGGUCCAAUCCACCUGUUGAGUGGGUAGAAGGAGUGGCCAUCCUGGUCGCCAUCAUCGUCAUCGUCCUAGUCGGCGCAGGAAACGACUUUCAGAAGCAGUUGCAGUUCCAGAAGCUGGACAGGAAGAAACACGAUCGUCAUGUGAGGGUUAUUCGAUCCGGACGGUCGCAGGAGGUCGCAGCUCAUGAGCUGGUGGUUGGCGAUAUCGUGCACAUGGAGCCAGGCGACGUCAUCCCCGCCGAUGGUGUUUUAAUCCAGGGCCAUCAUAUUCGGUGUGACGAAUCAUCUGCGACUGGUGAGUCGGACCUGGUGCCUAAGCAAUCCGGAGAUGAGGUCGCAGAUGCGAUCGCUGAUUGUCGGGAUACAAAGCACCUCGACCCGUUUGUCAUCUCUGGCUCAAAGGUUGCCGAAGGCGUUGGGUCGUUCUUGGUGCUAGCUACGGGCACCGAGUCGAGCUACGGCAAGAUUCUUCUGAGUCUCGAGGACGACUCUGAAUUCACCCCCUUGCAGUCUCGGCUCAAUGUGCUAGCCAAGUACAUUGCUAAAUUUGGCGGGAUUGCUGGUUUGGUGAUGUUCGUCAUCCUGUUCAUCAAGUUCUUAGUUGGCUUGCGUCAUUCAACGUCUUCGGGCACCGAGAAGGGCCAGGACUUCUUGAAUGUUUUUAUCAUUGCCCUAACCAUAGUGGUCAUUGCCGUGCCCGAAGGUCUGCCUUUGACUGUGACUCUAUCCCUUGCUUUCGCCUCCACGAGAAUGCUCAAGGACAAUAAUUUAGUCCGCCAGCUGAGAGCGUGUGAAACCAUGGGCAAUGCCACGGACAUUUGCUCGGACAAGACCGGAACCUUGACGCAAAAUGAGAUGACGGUAGUCGCAGGCAUAAUUGGGACGACUGCAGAGUUCAACGGGCCACAGCCUCAGAUUCACGGCUUGGUUGGAGCGGUGCCGACUACCGCUGAGUUUAUGUCUCGUCUCAGCAAUAACGUAAGAUCGCUAAUCCGAGAUCUAGUCGCGGUCAACACCACGGCUUUCGAAUCAGAGGCAGCAGGAAGCCGAUCGUUUAUUGGAUCCAAAACCGAAGCCGCCCUGCUGGUCUUCGCUCGAGACCACUUGGCCAUGGGUCCGCUAGAGGUGGAGCGAUCGAACCAUGACGUGGUGGAACUCAUCCCAUUUGAUGCGGCUCGUAAGUUCAUGAUUACCGUGGUCCGCCUGGGAAAGAUGUACAGGGCAUACAUCAAGGGAGCCCCGGAAUUACUGCUAGGGAUGUGUUCGAGUUCCAUAUUGGACCCAACUGAAGAUCUCUCUAUUGUCGCCCUGGAAGAGGGUAUGAAGCAAGAUCUAUACCAGAAGGUAGAUGAAUACGCCUCGCGAUCGCUACGGACAAUCGCUCUGCUCUUCCGAGACUUCGAGACAUGGCCUCCGAGCCAGGCUGCGGAAAUCCAGCCAGACACGCUUGACAUGGAUGAUAUCAUGCGCGACCUGACUUUCAUUGGUCUUGCUGGUAUCCGGGAUCCUUUGCGACGAGGAGCCCAUGAUGCCGUAGAAACCUGUCACCGGAUGGGUGUGACGGUGCGGAUGGUCACAGGGGACAACCUUCGAACGGCCCGAUCUAUCGCGGAGGAAUGCGGCAUUAUCACUAGCAACGAGGACAUUGCCCUUGAAGGGCAUGAAUUUCGAAGCCUGACCGAGGCGCAGCAGCUUGAGAUUGCGCCCCAGCUCAAAGUUCUGGCUCGAUCCCGGCCUGAAGAUAAACGCACGCUCGUCCGAAGACUAAAGGAACUCGGGGCAACGGUCGCUGUGACAGGGGAUGGAACGAACGACGCCCCGGCUCUCACUGCAGCUGAUGUUGGCUUUUCCAUGGGCAUUUCGGGGACAGAGAUUGCACGCGAGGCCUCAGCCAUUGUUCUGUUGGACGAUAAUUUCGGUUCCAUCGUCAAGGCGAUCAUGUGGGGAAGGGCAGUCAGCGAUGCGGUGCAAAAAUUCUUACAGUUUCAAAUCACCAUUACCUUCACCUCUGUCGGACUAGCCUUUGUCACGUCUGUGGCCAGCUCCAGCGAAACAUCGGUGCUGACGGCCGUCCAGCUGAUGUGGGUAAACCUGAUUCAGGACACAUUGGCAGCCCUGGCCCUCGCCACCGAUCCCCCAUCGCGAAAAGUGCUGGACCGAAAACCCGAAAGGAGGUCAACUCCUCUGAUCACGGUGCCGAUGUGGAAGAUGAUCAUCGGGCAAUCGAUCUACCAGCUGGUCGUGACGCUAGUGCUUCACUUCGCCGGUAACCGUGUCUUCUCCUACAGCACCUCCCAUGAACACUCUCAGCUGCAGACCGCAGUGUUCAACACAUAUGUCUGGAUGCAAAUCUUCAACCUAUAUAAUACCCGCGCCCUUGGCAACAAUAUCAACGUCCUAGAAGGCGUCCACCGGAACUGGCUCUUCAUUGGAGUCAACGUUAUUAUGAUCGCGGGACAAGUGAUUAUCAUGUUUGUUGGAGGCCGCGCAUUUUCGAUUACCCGGCUCAGCGGGGACCAGUGGGCCUACUCGGUCGUUCUGGGGGCAUUGUCACUUCUUGUUGGGGUUCUCGUGCGUUUUAUUUCCGAUGUCCUCGUCGAGCGUCUCUUUGGUGGUUUAGCCAUUGUCAUGGGGCCCCUGUUGAGGCUCUUGCGGGUGAAAGGUGAAUGA